CUCCGAUCCACCGCAUUACUAUUAUCUACAAGAGGGAAAUCCAAAUUCCUAAACGAAAAGGCAGAAGCUGUAGUUACGAUGAAUCUCGGUUGUGUACAACUACUACCCACCUCUUCUGUCCCUCUACUAUUUGCUGGUUCUUCUUCCUUCUUGCACAAUCACCGAGCAAACCCAGGUAAAUUAAGCAGAGAUUUCAGGAGUUCUAAAAAUGGAGAAGUUGCAAAGGGGAAAGGAGGAAUUGUAUGUGGGUGGUUAUUGCCAGUGGAUCCAUGGGCACCUAACAUUGACUCGCAGAGCAUUGCUUCGCAGCUUUUUGCAGUUUCUUUGUUUCCGUACAUUGGAUUCCUGUACUUCAUCACCAAAUCUAAGUCUGCUCCGAAGCUCACCCUUUUUGGCUUCUACUUCUUGCUUGCCUUUGUUGGGGCCACCAUCCCCGCUGGAAUAUAUGGUAAGUUCUCACCACUAAACAAAAAUUGCUUUCAUUUGUUAGCGAUCAAUUUUUACACAUGGAUGCCAAAUUGUGACUCUAUCCAUGUGGUUGAGACAGCCAAGGUGAAAUAUGGUACUUCCUUGUCUAAUGUGGAUUGGUUACAUGGAGGGGCUGAAUCACUUCUCACUUUAACCAACUUAUUCAUUGUCUUGGGGUUGAGACAAGCUCUUCGGAAAACUGAGGACGCAAAAGAAAGCACAUCAAGCUCUGCUCCAGAUGCAAAAGAGCAGAAGAAGCCAUUCAUAUAGGUGUGGUAAGUAACAUCAUAAUUAAUAUCCUUGCCAUUUCAUUGUUCAAGUACUAGGAGCUCUUCUUACUUCUGUUGAAUGUUGCUUCUUUUCUCACAGUUAUCUAAUACCUAAUAUUUUCUGCGGUUACCUUGCUACUAUUGUUCUCCUGAGAUCCCCUCAGCACAAUUGCUAGCACACAUGCAACGUACCAUUCUUAUGUGCUGCUGAGUAGCUUGGCUAUUGGCUCAUAUUCAAAUAUCUUUUAACAUAUUGCGAGUUUCCAGUCUAGAAUUACAGAUGCUGUCCGUGUUUCUCCAUGUUCUCAUUUUAUAAGAUCUCUUAUCAGCACGAGUACUGGGUUUUACUUUGUUUAUGUAUUCCAUCUGUUAGGAGUCUAAACAAGCAAUGUUGUGUCUACUGAAUAGAUCAUAGGAAUGUAGAUUCUUUUUUCCCCGUAUAUACAUAUUUUUCUAUUGGCAAA